AUGUAUCCAAAAUUAUCACCGGGAUAUAUUACGAAGUCAACCGCCAUUAUCCUGUCAUCUUCCACGUUUCUGUAUGGAUUUAUGGAGUAUAUCACAGGAAAUGAAGUCUUUCAGCGGAAGCAACUUAUGCCUUUAUUGAACUGCAUAUUAAGACCAGAAUUAACAGUACGGUUUAAUAUUUAUUUGGCAAAGCAUCGUUUGUUACCACUAUUUAGUCACAGUUAUCGGGAGCACUCCGAACUUAAUUGUAAUGUGAUGAAUAUGCACUUCAAGAAUCCACUUGGAUUAGCUGCUGGCUUUGAUAAAGAUGCUGAAGCAAUAAAAGGUUUGAGGGAAAGCGGUUUUGGUUUUAUUGAAGUAGGCACCGUAACACCGUUGCCGCAGAAAGAUGCCCAUAACUCUGUGGUUAAACUUUUGUUCAAGGAUGAAGGAUAUCUAAGUUGUGGCAAAUUUAAAAGCGCAGGAUUGAGUAUUGUAUAUUUGUUUGUUAAAAGAGCUUAUGAUCGAAACGCCGAUGUCCCGCUUGGUGUAAAUAUUGGCAGAAAUGCAGGAUUCACUGAGCUUAAAGUGGAUUACAGUCUCGGUGCUUAUUAUUUUGGUCGUUUUAGUAACUAUUUGGUUGUGAACCUUGGUAGCCAGAAUGGUUCAGAGACAAUUGCUGAUAUGGAAAUUGCAUUGCAGGGCGUUACUUCUGCUGUCUAUCCAAUAGUACAGACCAACGGACCUCCACCAAAAAUUCUGAUAAAAAUUCCACCUGAUCUGUCAAUUAUAGACCUGAAAAAAGUCAUCAAGAUAGUGCUAAAUAAACGAUAUAAUGUGGAUGGCAUCAUAAUUUCGAAUUCCACCACGAACCAUCCGAAAAAUCUUCAAAGCGUGCUACUGGAAGACGGUUUUUUGAGUGGCAGGCCACUACGAGAUAUAAGUACAAAUUGCAUACGAAAUGUUUACAGUUUAUCACAUGGGAAAAUUCCAAUCAUUGGUUGUGGAGGUAUAUCAACCGGUCAAGACGCAUACGAAAAAAUUCGAGCUGGAGCAAGUCUUGUGCAGCUUUAUUCAUCACUUCUUUAUCAAGGUUUUCCAGUUAUAGGGCGGAUAAAACGGGAGCUGGUAGAAUGCCUUGCUCGAGAUGGUUUUCGCAAUAUCUCUGAAGCGGUCGGUGCUGAUCAUAGGAAAUAA